GUCCUCGCGGAGCAGCCUCCCCGCCCCCCGCGCUUGCAGCGCGGCCCAGGGAGGGGGCGUCAUGUCCCAGCGGGUGAGGCGCAAUGGGUCCCCCACGCCUGCCGCCCCCCUCGGCGGAGGCGCGGGCACCGCGCCCGGCCCCGGCCCCGGGGGCGCCCCCGGGAGCCGCCUGCAGCCCAUGAGGGCCACGGUGCCGUUCCAGCUGAAGCAGCAGCAGCAGCAGCAGCAACAUGGCAGCCCCACGCGGAGCGGCAGCGGCGGCGCCGGCGGUGGCGGGGGUAACAACAACAACGGCGGCGGCGGUUCGGGACCCCCGGGAGGCGGUGGCGGCGUCGGAGGAGGUGGCGGCGGCGGCGUCAACGUCCCGCGCACCUCCUCGCGCAGCACGAGCCCCACGCGCGCCGGCGCCGGCGGGCCCAGUGCUCGCGCCAGUCCCACGGUGGCCACGCAGACGGGCGCGCCCCCGACGUCCACGCGGGGCACCAGCCCCACGCGGGGCGCGAGCGCGCGGGGCAGCCCUCCCCGCUCGCAGCCACCGCCCCCCCAGCCGCUCCUGGGUACCGUCUCAUCUCCCUGCUCGUCCCCCAUCCAUCUGCUGGCGAGCGACUCGACCGCGUCCCCGGCUACAGCCCGGGUCCGGCACCCGAGGCGGUCCCCGGAGCAGAGCCGCAGUUCUCCUGAGAGGAGGAGCCCCAGUUCCCCGGUCUGCAAGGCGGGUGACAAAGCACGGCCACCUUCAUCAAGCCCUUCCAGCAUUAUUCGUCGAACUUCCUCAUUAGAUACACUUGCUGCCCCUUAUCUUGCAGGACACUGGCCUCGUGAUAAUCAUGGGCAGUCUGUUCCAUGUAUGAGGGACAAAGCUACACAGACAGAGAGCGCGUGGGCUGAAGAAUACUCUGAAAAGAAGAAAGGAUCCCACAAGCGGUCAGCAUCUUGGGGCAGCACAGACCAGCUUAAAGAGAUUGCAAAACUGCGCCAGCAGUUACAGAGAAGUAAACACAGCAGUAGGCAUCAUCGGGAUAAAGAUCGGCAGUCUCCAUUCCAUGGUAACCAUGCGGCCAUUAACCAGUGUCAGGCUCCUAUUCCAAAGAGUAUACUUAUUCCAGUGAUUCCCAUCACCAAAUCAACAGGGUCACGGUUCCGGAAUAGUGUAGAAGGAUUAAAUCAGGAAAUUGAAAUAAUAAUUAAAGAAACUGGAGAAAAGGAAGAGCAGCUUAUACCACAAGACAUUCCAGACGGCCAUCGCGCACCUCCUCCCCUGGCACAGCAGCGCAGCAGUAGUACCCGCAGUAUUGAUACCCAAACACCCGGCGGAGCGGACAGGGGGAGUAACAAUAGCAGCCGCUCCCAAUCUGCCUCCCCCACCUCAUUCCUUACCAUCUCACAUGAAGGUAGUGAAGAGAGCCCUUGUUCUGCUGACGACCUCCUUAUUGAUCCCAGAGAUAAAGAAAAUGGGGAACAACUCUUCCUCUGCCAAAUAUGCCACCUCACCAAACCUAACAACAGUUAUAUGUUUAAACGAGAACCUCCUGAAGGCUGUGAAAGGGUGAAAGUCUUUGAGGAAUGCUCGCCAAAGCAACUUCAUGAAAUCCCAGCCUUUUACUGUCCUGACAAGAAUAAAGUGAAUUUCAUUCCUAAAAGCGGCUCUGCCUUCUGCCUCGUCAGCAUCCUCAAGCCACUUCUUCCUACCCAAGAUCUUACCCUUAAGGGCUCAAGCCAUGGCCUGACUGUCUCCACUGGCAUGGCCCCCACUCUGCUGCAGCCUAUUGCCAUGGCCUCCCUGUCUGCAAACCCAGAACAAGACCGGAUUUCUCGAGGAACGAGUACAGUCAUACCACAGGCCUCUCUGCUCCAGCAGUCAGGACCAUUUGAGGAGGCUGAGGGAUAGGUCACCAUGGCUCAUCCAUUGCUCUGGGAAACUAAGAACCUAAUUGGGAAUAAGGUGUGAAUGAACAUUCCAAAUCAUGCCUCUCCCCUCAAGCGAGUCUGCCAUCAAUAGACUCCUCAACUUUUUGGUAGUGACACACCCCCUGUCCUGUGGUGAUGAUGUCAUGAUGAGCUUCCUCCGUAAGAGAGCAGCACUUGUGACUGUUAUACCCCAUUUGGGAAGUCUCAGACUCAGUUCACACCCCACUUUUUUUUUUUUAAGCACUGGUUAUCAUUCUUUCCUUUUGGAGGACCAUUUUAUCACAAGGCUUUUUUGUGUCCCAAGUUUGACUUUUGUAAGAGCAAACAGAUCCCUGCAAACAUAAUUACCAAAGGGAGAAGUUAAUGAUGCUGCGAAGACCAUCUUUAUAUGAAAACGACUAUUUUAUAAUAAUAACAAAUGUUAAUUUUCAGAUGCAUAGCAGACAAUAGGAUGGUUCAGAAGACAUUUCCCUGGCCACUGUUCUUUUUUUUCUUUUUCUAGAUGUAUGCUAUUCUCAGCUGUUCUCCAGCUGCUGGGACCAAAGGGAUUGUUGAAAUUUUCCAGCAAUCUUAGUCGCUUGACUGUGUUCUUCUCCCAACCAACAACAGAUAAAUAAAUGCAUUGAACGUUUGUAUGUAAAAAAAAAACAAAACACAAAGCAAUAUUAGUUCAUUAUGUGAUGUUGUUUUUUGAUGUCAGAAGUUUUGUGCUUUGGAUAAAUCAUCCUUUUAAAAGUGCUAUUCCCUCUUCCACCAUUUAAGAUUCCUGUAUACCUUUAUCUGCAUGGUGAAAAAACUACACUCUGGAUACAAGUGCUUUAAUAUGCUAUCAGUGGAGUUUUGUUAGAAAAUCAAUGAGCCAAAAAGUAACUUAAACCCUCUCCCCCCUCCCCCACCCACUCCCUCCUUCUUGAUCACUAUAGCUUAGGAGUUAAGAUACUCCUCUAGUUAUCAACAGUGUGUGAAUCAUGUGAUCUUUCCCCCUUAGCACAAAAAUCACUUCUUCAAACUCAACCCUCAGUGUAUUGUAAGCCCCGAGUGAUCCUGAUGUGGCUGUGCAUGGAUCCCCUCCCUUGCUUUUGUGACCUUGCAGUCAGUGUUGAUGAAUUUAUUGAGGGCAGAUUGUGCUAUGUUCCACUGUAGCCAGUGGUCCCCCUUCCUUCCCCCUCCCCAAAGGUCACCUUCCUUUAAGGUAGUUGCCACUAGUUUGCUGAUCCCAGUCAUCUGAGGGUUAGGUUUGUUGGUUUUUUUGGUUUUUGUUUUUUUUAACAUGUAAGGGAAAAAAUAGAAAGGAAAAUUAAAAUAGAAAGGAAAUUAAAGAGGAGGCUCUUCUCAAAUUGAGAGUGACACAAGGUUUCAGCUUAGGCAAGUGCUAAUACAAAAAAACUGCAGGUAGAAUCAAUAGCUGGAGGUAUUUGAUUAUCAGAGCAACGCUUUUGAAAAAUUGGAUAAGAACAUUAGUAGGUAUGUGAUAAAUAGCUUGAGGGGGCAAUCUGGUUUGCAGUUUGUCAAAGUAAAUAAAACUGAUAGAAGCAUCCUUUUAAAAAUUUCAUACAGUAUAUUAAUAUGCAAUAAUUUUAUAUCCAUACACAUACUAUGGUCAGAAUCCAGUAUUAGGCACUUGAAAUGGAGAAAACAACUUUAAUGUUCAAUCAGCCAUAAUUUUCUAAGCUCACAGUUCUACCCCCUUCAGGGGAAAACUGGUAGUAGCAAUAAGUCUUUUCAAAAGACUGUACCCAAACUUGUAUUCGUGUUCCUUUCAAACAUUGGUUGAUUAAACCUGUUAAAAUAAUUUUUAAAUGAUGUGAUGUAGCCAUAAUGCAAACAUUUGAAUAAAUCUGUUACACAUCAGUUGGUAGGUACAGUGUACUUUGAUACUCUUUUUAUCUGAGACUAAUUCUGAGUAUACUAUUAUCUCCUUGUGCAUUUAAGCUUUCAAUUAUUCAGGAGCUAAUCAUCCAGUUGUUAUCUUGAAGCCCUGUUUCUUUGCCAUCUUGUUUCUGUCUGAGAUAAUCACUGUUCAUUAGCGACUCUACAAAUAAGGGCCAGGAAUAUGAAGAGAUGUAAAACAAAUCAUUCAGUUUGGCUCCCUUUGUUAAUGAUUCUGGUGAACAGUGUAGGAAAAGUUGAAAUCAAUGGCUGAAAACACUAGGAUUUCUUGGUACUUUAUGAUGAAUUUUAAUAAUCCUUGCUAUAUUUUCUCCUCCUUUUGUACACCUUCCAUUUGAAAAAAAAAAUUCUCCUGUAUUUAUCAUAGGUAAUCCAGGUUGGUUGCAAAUUGAAUGCUUUUACCCAGAUGUAUACCUCUAUCCAACAUAAACAAUACUUAUAAAUGUCCCACAUUUACUAAAUCUGAAGCAUUUCAAAGUUACACUUGAAGCAGAAGUUUAAGAAUUAUUUUUUACAUGGAGUUGGAAUUUUUAAGCAAAAUCUUAUCUAAUCCUUGGGCUUUGAGAAGAAUGAAAAUCCCCAGAUAGACUACUUCUUUGGCUUCCAAAUUAACCUUGAAUGCAUUCUUUAGAUUCUAAGCUUUGGGUCUUUUUGUUUGAUUUGAAAUGAUACAGAACUUUACAGCAACUGCCAAAGGGCUAAUUUCAGCAUAUAAGCUUCUGUUGUAAUCUUGAAAAAUUAUUAACCACUCUAGCUGUUGGCCUUUCAUCCAUCUGUUUCUUUUCAUAGGCAUAGGAUGAAUUUAAGAUGAAGCUUAAUCUUAAAUAUAGUGUUACUACUAAAAUUAAGUUCUUACAUUUAUGAACUAUUUAAUAGAACAAAAUUUCCAAUGGAUGAGAUUUGGAGAAAAUGUCAACAUUUUCCAAAAUAUCAAUUAAAUAAACAAUAUACACACUUAUGUAGGCAUGUGUGUGUGUGUGUAUAUACAUAUAAUGGAAGAGGUGGUAUAACUUCACGUUCGUGUCAAGGGUCAUGGAUUUAGGGCUAGAAGGGACCUUUGAGGUCAUCUAGUUGAACUUCUUAAUUUUACAGAUGAGGAAACUAAAUGACUUGUUUAGAGUCACAUAAUAAAUUAGUAGAAGGCUGAGACCAGAAUUCAAAUUCAGGUCAGCCAACUCCAAAUCUAACACUUUAAAAAAUAAUGGUGGGCAGCUAGGUGGCACAGUGGAUAGAGCACGGCCCUGGAGUGAGGAGUACCCUGAGUUCAAA